GAGGUAGCAGGAAGUGAACUGAGCUACUAAGCCAAAGAAAUAUACACGCACGUACUUUCUCUCAAUCACCUCCCCUCUGUUCACUUCACUGCACCAACCUAAAGAGGAAAAGCGUCCCGUUUACUGUGCUCGGCUUGUUUACAUUCCUUCCCAUCACAUUUACACCAUUUUUUCAGAAGUCGGUCGUUAGAACGCAGAAAGGAUGUCAUUGUAUCCAUCCCUAGAGGACCUUAAAGUGGACAAGGUCAUUAGGGCACAAUCCCAGUUUGCCAAUGCCACCUCCAGCACCCCAGCCAUCACUCAGGGUGUUUACCAGCCACAGCCUGCCACACAGGGGAUGCCAAGCUCAACUCUGUAUCCCAAUCUGGAGGAGCUGGGAGACUAUAUGGGCCUCAGUCUGAACAGCGAUGAGGUCCAGAGAAACCUUGCACUGGUCCCGGUGGCUAACAAUCAAGUGGCAGUGACAAGUUCAGUGGGUGGCAUGGUGCGGCCCGUGACUGGUACUGACGUAGGUAUCAGGAGGGCAGAGAUUCUCCCAGGUCUUCGGGAGGUCAUCAUCUGCAAAGACCAGGAGGGAAAGGUCGGACUCCGACUCAGAGAUAUUGAUAAUGGAAUGUUUGUCCAGCUGGUGCAGGCGAACUCUCCUGCGGCUUUGGGUGGCCUGCGUUUUGGAGAUCAGGUUCUGCAGAUCAAUGGGCAGAACGUUGCUGGCUGGAGCUCAGAUAAGGCCCACAAAGCUCUGAAGGCAGCAGCUGAACAGCGCAUCGAGCUCAUUGUCCGUGACAGACCAUUCCAGCGCACAGUCACAAUGCAUAAGGACAGCUCCGGCCACGUGGGCUUCAUCUUCAAAUCCGGACGCAUCACAUCUCUAGUGAAGGAUGGUUCUGCUGCCCGCAACGGUCUGCUCACCGAUCACUACAUCUGUGAGAUCAACGGCCAGAACGUCAUUGGACUCAAGGACACUCAGAUUAAGGACAUCCUGACCACAUCUCCCACUGCCAUGACCAUCACCAUCAUGCCUAAGUUUAUCUACGAGCAUAUGAUUAAGAAGAUGUCAAGUGGUCUGCUGAAGUCAUCCAUGGAUCACUCUGUGCCUGAGGUCUGAACACAGGAGACCAUGCACACCCCCUUCCACAAUGCCUACAAUCUCUAGCCUUCCCAUUGGAGCCUUCCACCACAUGGGUCGUCUGUCACUGAUUGGAUAAACCUCCUCAAUCACACUCAUUUAUAACAUGUAAAAACGGCCUUUUUUCUAUUUCACUUGUUGGCUGUUAUCGUUUUGCCUUCUAGUUCUUGAUUCUGUCCUACAUGUCAUUGUUGCCAUUGUUUAAUUGUUGUCAUAUUACAUGUUAUAUAAUAAUAAUCCAUUGUCAUUA